AUGUCAACAAUUCAGCAGCUCAAGAACUUCAUCCGCCACGGUAAGCAGGCCAGGGUAAACAACUACGAAGACACCCCCCGGAAACAUGAACAAUCCCCGCCCACAAUUUCAGCACAGAAAGCCAUGGCUCACGUAACGGAGCCCGCAAUGGGCCACAAUGCACACCAACAGGGACCCGUACCAGAAGCAUAUUCGGUCCAGCCUGGUGAGAACAAGAACCGCGUUGCCCAAGCGGACAAUGUCGCAGCCCACCACGCUGAACAGACCAUCGAGGCUGCCAAGUCCAAGCCUAAGCGUCACGAAGACGACCAUGUCGCCAAGUUGGUCCGCGAAGAGAACGAGAGUAAGAGCAAGUUCCCCAGGUAUCCAGGCCUAGAACGAUGGGAGCUCGUCGAGAAGAUGGGCGAUGGUGCCUUCAGCAACGUCUACCGUGCACGCGACUUGACAGGAGUUGCCGGCGAGUGCGCCAUCAAGGUCGUUCGGAAAUUCGAGAUGAACAACAUGCAGGGCCAGAAGCAUUUACAUCCGGACUUCAAGAAGGUGCCGAAGGCUGCAGAGCGAGCCAAUAUUUUGAAGGAGGUGCAAAUCAUGCGCCAGCUCGACCACCCCAACAUCAUUAAACUCAUCGAUUUCGCGGAGUCAAGGCAAUACUACUACAUCAUUUUAGAGCUUGCACCAGGGGGUGAGCUCUUCCACCAGAUCGUUCGCCUUACCUAUUUCAGUGAAGAUCUGUCGAGACACGUGAUCACACAGGUCGCAAAGGCUCUAGAGUAUUUACACGAGGAGCGUGGUGUGGUUCAUCGCGACAUUAAACCCGAGAACAUUCUUUUCUAUUCUACUCCUUUCGUACCUGCGAAAACCCCGAAGCCAAAGCAACCUGGAGACGAGGAUAAAGUCGACGAGGGUGAAUUCAUACCAGGGGUGGGCGCUGGGGGCAUCGGCCAAAUCAAGAUUGCGGAUUUUGGUCUCUCAAAAAUUGUGUGGGACAAUCAGACCAUGACCCCAUGUGGAACUGUCGGAUACACUGCUCCAGAAAUUGUCAAGGAUGAACGAUACUCGAAAUCGGUGGACAUGUGGGCAUUGGGUUGCGUACUCUACACCCUGCUCUGUGGUUUCCCACCAUUCUACGACGAGAGUAUAGAGAUCCUCACCGAAAAAGUGGCGAAGGGUCAAUACACGUUCCUUUCACCUUGGUGGGACGAUAUCUCGAAAUCUGCCCAGGACUUGAUUACACAUCUACUCACUGUCGAUCCGGAAAAACGAUACACGAUCACUGAAUUCUUGGCCCAUCCUUGGAUCGUCGGAUCUGGACCUACACCACGUGAUGAAAAGAAGCAAGAAGCAGCCGCCCACCGUGCUUUCGAUGCUACUAAACUUGCGGAUGGCGAGCGUCGCAUGGACUUCCGUUCUCCUGGCGCAGUCAAUCUGCGCGAAAUUUUUGACGUUGGUUAUUCGGUUCAUCGACAAGAAGAGGAGGCCAAGCGACGGAAGCAAAUCGGCACCAAAGGUCUUGCGCCAUCUCGACUUGCUGAUUUAAAUGAGUCAGAUGACGAGGAAGAGAAUUCUGAUCCGGAGUACGUUCACAAGAAUGAUGCUUCCCAGCUCGAACAACGAAUGCGUGAUACAAGUCUGGGUAAGACCCAGGAGCGUGGACGGGAACGAGAGCGGGCCGUCGUCGAAACUCACCAGAAAGGUUAUGGUCAACACAGUGCAACCGUGACGCAAGCUGCUCGACAGCAGGUGCGCGACCGCAACAAGCAGAAGGGUGCCUUUGAGCUGAGUCUUGAUGGCGCAACGCUUUUGGGACGACGGGCCGGAAAGCCUACCGCUAGAGUCGGUGGGAUUUAG